UAAAAAUAUUUAAGAAAAUAGGCUUUUUAAGGGGGACUCUGACUACGCCUCUUGUGUUUACAGUUGCAACAAAACAAAAGUCAGCUGUUUUUUAUCGAGCAUUUGUGUUUUGUUCAAAAUGCUGCGAAGCUCGCUGUUCGCCAAUGGCAAGCUGAGACAAUCGUUGUCCAGUAUUCUGGCAACAAAAGCCGCCAGAAAGAGCAGCAGCACAGCGACGCCGCCACCAAUCGACGCCGGCACCCAAAAAGAGGUGCGACAUCACGAGAAUCAUGCUUCAGAAUGGUGGAACCAAAAUGGCACUAUGAGUGCUCUGCAUGCUCUCAAUGAGAUACGAGUUCCCUUCAUACGCGAUGGCAUGGUGGCGCGCGGGACAGUGAAACCUGGUUACGUAAACACCACAAGAGUUUUGAACGGACAGCGCAUUCUAGAGGUAGGCUGCGGUGGCGGCUUGCUAACAGAGCAACUGGCGCGCCUCGGUGCUCAGGUUACGGGCAUAGAUCUUGGAGAGAAACUCAUUGAAGCGGCUCGCACCCACCUCGAGUGCUCCAGUCCCGAACUGACCAACAAUGUGGCCUACAUAAUAGAGCCGGUGGACCAGCACGCCAAGACCAAUUGCGAGUGCUAUGAUGCUGUGAUUGUAUCCGAGGUGCUGGAGCACGUGGACGACAAAGUGGCACUGCUGGAGGCCAGCGUACGAACCUUGAAGCCGGGUGGCUCAAUAUUUAUAACAACCUUGAACAAAACGCUUCCCAUGUGGUUUGGCGGCGUUAUUCUGGGCGAGUAUGUGCUCAGUUUGGCGCCUAAGGGAACCCAUCACUGGGACAAGAUGAUAUCGCCCCUGGAUGUGCAGCGUAUUUUGGAUACAAUGAACUGCCAGACUAUACUGGUCAAUGGCAGCACCUACGACUUUUGGAGCAACACCUGGCGCUGGAUAAACAGCACCCAGAUGUGCUACGCCCUACACGCAGUGAAGCAGCCGCUAAGCGAUUGUAAUUAAAAUCAAAUAUAUUUUAGUUAACUUUAACUAGUUCUAGAUCAGAAUAACAGAGUAAAUAGGAAGUGCAUAAAUUAAUCGUCGUCCGGACGAGGUUUUCUGAA